AUGGACGAGAAGCGCGCCAAAACUUUGGACGCGCUUUCGACGUUCAUCAAGUCGCAGAAAGCUUUGCUUGCACGAACGCAGUCCGAUAUAGAGCGACUUACGCACCUUAGACAAGAUAUUGCUUCUACGCCCGCAGAAUCCCGCAGUUUCAGCAUUUUCAGCGAGCAGCUCCAAACUUUAGAAGGUCUACGAUUGAGCGACGAGCAGGAUAAUAUUGUGCCAGGCAUACAUCGAGAGCUUGACUGGGCCUCGUUUGCUUCGUCUGAUCCCGUGCCCAUCAGAACAUUGGGAUCAGAGCUGAAAAAUACAUGCGAACAAUGGCGAAGGCCCUCCGCAAAACAGACAUCUCCACUGUCUGCUCUGCAGAUUCUCGUUAAAACUGCGCGUAUCACGAUGGUCGACCCGAUUCUAGCCUCGCUUCCAGAGCUAUCUGAGGGCGAGGAGGAUGAGCCCAUAGACCCCGAGGAGCUCAGACGCAUCCAGGAGCGCAAGAAAAUUCAUGAACUUAAGCGGCGGCGCAUUCAUGGCGAUCCCGCCAUGCACGGACUUUCUGGCCUUGCACUGCGCCGACCAGGGAAUGAGGCCGUCUUCGUGCGGCAGGACCAGCAGGACGAAAGCGCGGAAGUCGAUAUUGGUCUCGACGAUGACGGCAAGGACACCAACAAAAGCGCGAGUAACACGACGCCGAGUUCCGCUGUUGAACCCGACAUGGACGUCGACACUCCCGCAACCUCCGUAGCGUCGCCACAGUCCACGCACUCGGGUAAAGCGCUCCCUGUCGGGAAGACCCUUGCCGCCUUCCAGGCGACUGCAAGCAGCUGCAGCCGAUGUGUGCCUACAAAAGCCUCUGCGAAUCGAGCUUCGACAAAGAACUCGACUGCCAAAACAUGUUUUUCCCCACCCGUGGACAACAGCAGUGAAACGGAGGCACCAAUACCAGAGAGGAAGACCAAGCCGAGAUCCGAGACGUACAAACAGGCGUGGUCUGUGGAAGAGCAACAUCUGCUGGAGAGGUUGUUAGAGGAGAUACCCGAUGGGGAGAAGAAUAGGUGGUUAAAGAUCUCCCAAGCGAUGAAUGGUAGGCGUACAGCCCGACAGGUCGCUAGUCGUGUACAAAAGUAUUACGAGAAACUGAAGCGUUUCGGUGUGGAUAUCAGUGUCGGUAGCACUCGAAGCAAUAACAGUUAAUAUCAGAGAAAUUCAUGGCUGAGU